UUUCAGCUGACCAUUCUUACAAGUGGCGGCGCUGAGGUCAGUCUGGUGCUCCUCUCUUACCACUACUUCUCCUCAACCCCAGCCAACAGUAAGACGAUGGCGGGAAAUGUGAUGAUAUUGAUGAUGGUACUAUUCUCCACCUUCCGGGUCACUACUGCCGCCAUAAGAAGCAAGACAAUGUUCAAGGUGGCGUGGUCACACAAUGAUCCGUUUCCUAUAUGUACAAUGAGAAUUAUAGAGAUGAAGAUAAUCUCAAAAUCUGCUUGUGCUGGUGAAUGUCUUGAGGAUCCUCUGUGUAGGGCCUUUUGUGUUAAAGGCGCCUCGUGUCACAUCAACGGAGGCCACCUGGAUGGUCGCUGGCCUGGAGCAGCUGUUGGUCACAUCUAUCCUGGUAUUUUUACCUACGAUUAUUGUUAUGCAUACUUGGAGGAAGGAGAUGUUACGUCCCAUAUUGUGAGCACCUCAGCCUCCACUGUUCACCCCGAAGGAUUAUAUCCAGAAUUUGUAAUAAAUGGGUUUUACUGUCAUAUCCCACAGUACCAUGGUCCUCUAUUUUACUGCUGGGCUGCGGAUCCUAGUGACGUUCAAGGGUAUUGGCGGGCCACUCUAGACUCCCCACAAACUAUCAGCACAAUCUAUGUCUGGACGCGUGGUGACGGCCAUCCUACGCCAACUUUUGAUAAUGUAGAGAUAACUUUUGGUACCUCCAGCGACUUCAACAACCCCGUCUUUGACACUUACCCAAACACGGCAUUAAUUACAGGUGAGAUGAUCACUUUCACUGCCACUAGCCCAGUGACUGGUCAGUACCUACAGGUGAGGGAUUUAUCUCCCACUGGUCCCUUGGACAUUUGUAAUAUCCAGCUGCUCCAGUAAACACUGUCAUGCCUUUUACACUUACCUGCACUUUACUUCAUUUACAGGUGAACUUUAGUCACCUUAAGAGCAGAGUUUAUACAAGAUAAAUUUGACUCAAGGAUCAAAGUGUUGUGUUUUCUCCACUAUGUUUGGUUCCAUGAGUCACGUUGUCUGUGACUGAAGGAUCACGUGUAAGACUGUUCUUGACAACUUUUACCCAUAAUACACAAAACUUAAGAAUAAGUAGAAGGAUAAUAAUUAUGUAUGUGAACAUUCAGAAGCUAAAAUGGCCGUCCAGUCUAUGAUGGUGAAAGUGAAUUAAAGGAACUGACGUGAAGGUCCUCAUACUGUUGCUGAUGUUUGUGUGUUGACAUUUAUAUCUCCCCGACACACCUGAAUUAUUGUACAGGUUCACUGUAAGUUCAGGGGUUCUCACAUGACACUCAUACUUAGGCCUGCUGUAUACACGCGUUAUAAACGUCUUCUUAACACACACACAGUUUGGUGUCAACUCUGAACCCCUUAGAUUGACCACUUAAAAUAAGUUGGAAAUUACUACAAGAGAAAUUUCCGUCAUUUAUAUUUAUUAAAUGCUAAGAAGACCUUGAUGUGAGUUAAUGAAUGUAAAUAAUUUACCACACUGAUAGAAAGAACGGUAACACUUUAUCUUUAAAAUGUGUUAAUGUUUGGUAUAAACAGCGGGGCUGCAGUGCACGACUGUGUCAGUUUUGAUCAAAUCCUUAUCCUCGUCAGGGUAGAUCGCUCUCACCUCACUUGUACUACACACAGUUCCUACUGAAGCAUUACUGUUGAUGUUAAUUAGGGAGAAGUGUGAACGCUAUAUAACCAACACUUGUUUUACUGUUCCAUGGACUGCAGCAGCUGCUUAAUGCACGUCAAACGCCUAACAUAUAACAGUCAAAACAUUAUUAUCUCUCCCUUGACCUUCAAUGUUAUGUACCUAAAGUCGGUCACGCUCGACGGCUGCUCUCUCCACAUUGUUGACAUCUUCACCUGUGUAUCGUAGACAUGAGGCUGGAAGUGUUUGUCCGGCUUGACGAGUAGUGACUUAGGCCGUAUGUGUUCACUUGACUCCUGGCCUCCCUGGUCUUACCUCUCAACCAUGUGUACCACUACUAAUGUGUACAGGUCUAAUGUGUACAGGUCUAAUGUGUACAUGUACUAAUGUGUACAGGUCUAAUGUGUACAUGUACUAAUGUGUACAUGUAGCAAUGUGUACAGGUCUAAUGUGUACAUGUACUAAUAUGUAUAAGUUAUAGUGAGCUUUGUCAGAUCAAACUAGCGCCAGUAGAAAAACAUACACCUAUGAGAUUAUUGUUUGUAAAUGUGAGACUAUAUUGUCGCCCAGGGACUAUCUUAGAUACUACACGUGAUGUUGCUGUCUAUAUGUGUCAUCAGUUCUCCGUGAAUGUCAGACCAUAGCUUACAUCCCAGAGGAUUGUGAUACAUAUAGCAACAAGUACACUGCAUACCUCGUGGUACCCGAACAUACCAGGUGGACACACCCCAGGGACCUGACCUCGCCCGCUAAUGACUUGAGUUAGCCAGGUGACCUACAACCACACCUACACACCUGGGCAUGACCACACCUGAACACAGCUGUCCAGAUCUAACCAGUUUAGUGUUAAUUGGCGAAGGUCAAACACCGGCUGGGCCGGUGAUUCUGGACAUUCUGGUUGUUAUUCGGACGUUCUGAGGAGAGGCUCAUUACUCUGGAGAUUCUCAGAGUCAUGCUCGUCGUCCCCCCAGGUCGGAGGGGGAGACUUCCCGACGUCACCACCUAAGCAGAGCCUCGCAUACGAGAGCCCAGCCAACACCCACUGGGCCUACGUCAGGUUACACGGGAGUCAUUGUUAGAACGAUUCCUAGGGUGAGUUACCGACUGUGGGACGUGUAUUCAUUCAUGUUGUGUCCGAGAGUCAGU